GAGAAAAUGCGAGAGAGCCUUGAAGCGGAAAGAAGUUAUUUCCUGAUCACCUUCCAACGGCACUUAUUUGAUGGAUGUGAUGUUGUGUUCUAGUAAUCCUCCGUGCCUGUUUUUUCUAUGUUCGGCUCAGUUCUUGCGAGUAUGUAAAUUGCAGUUGUUCGUCCCUGUUAGACUCUUUCUUUCUGUUCAAAAGUCGUCGAUUUACUUUCCAUGUAAUUAGCACUGUAAGUGUAAUAACCUUCGAAAACACCUAGACUCUGUAAAUUUUGAUUUUCGGGCAAGUGUGAAGGCCGAUCCCUGUCCAUCGAUACAUUUCGUGAUUGAUUCUCCGUCUAUUUGAUCAUUUGUUUGUCAAUCCGUCGCCUGGCCGCUUUCAUGUGUCGUAUUUUGCUUGUCUGUUUCUGAACAGUGUCUCUUUCGUCUGCUCUUGUCGUUUCAGCAACGUCCUGGGAGAUGCAACUGGCACCAGCGAGGGAUGCGGAUCGCCUGGCUGCGGUGGAGAGGACGGUAGGGGAUGGUAGCUUGUGUAGAGCUAUCAAAUGUAAAAAUGUCUGGGUCUGGAAGAUUGCCGGCUUUGUCAUGCACAUUUUGCAUGACUCCGCAAGUCUGUGAUGCAUGCCCUAGCAUCACAGAUUUUUAGAGGGCUUCCUGAUGCCUAUUCCGCAUGACAAAUGCUCUUUCCGUACUGCAAAAUUUGGACUCUCUUUGCUGCUCAUGCAAUACAGAUUUUUUUAGAAUCCAAAAUCAGCAUGACAAGUUGGAUUCUUCCAGAGCCAGACAUUUUUACAGUUGAUAAGAACGAUCCCUACGACCGCAUGAUCCACGGUGCCUCCGCAUGCGUUUUUUUGCAAAUUCAUCACCCGGUUUUUGUUUUAUGAGACUGCGCCAUGUCUCCUCCCCGUCCUCAUUUGUCAUGCAAAAUUUGAAAUCCACUUCCACUCCAUGUGUCUUCUUCUGGCACUCUGUGCAUGACAGUUUUCGGUUGACCGCGAAGCUUCACUUUGAUCAACAUUUAGAUUUCUUUGAUUUGUGAUGCGCAAGACGCACUGAUUGUCCAUGCCAUGCAAAAGAGCGGGGGGAGGCUUGUGCACCUCCAUAUCCGAUCCGGGCUUUUUCUUCAGCCGUUCGAAAACAAGCGAUGGCGAUAUCAUACAUACAGAGGUCGUUCAUUAAAUUGAAAGGGCGUAUACUCAGGGUGGAAAGAAGCUUUUUUAGGCUGAAAAACUGAAAUCCUUGAGCAAGUUGUAGAGCUCAAACGCCCCAUAGAAAAGGUCAUUGAACAUACAAAGGGCACUGCAGGUGUCGUCACCACCUGGGAUUUAGGGGGAAGGAUCGCGUUUUGCAC